AAAUUUCCGACUGGUUUGGUGAUGGUUCCUCAAUUCGAUUAGCGUCUGAAGAAAUGGAUCAAAAAGGGAAGAUUAUUAUUAUAAGGGGUGAUCCUCUGUAUACUUAUCGUACAUUGGAAAAAUUGGGAAAAGGCUCUUUUGGAGUUGUCUACGAAGGAGAAGCGAUUCCCAAAAAUUCUGUAAUUCAAGACAACGAAAUUAUUCAUAAAAAUGUGCAGAAUGACGGUACGUCAUUUCUAUCCAGAAUCAACAAAAGAAUAAACACUAUAUCAGAGGAACACCAUACUUUACCACAGAAAGUUGCCAUAAAAUUAGAACCAGUUCGGACACAACAUCCUCAAUUGCUAUUUGAAAGCAAGUUGUAUAAAUAUUUACAAGGACAUUGUGGUAUCCCUAAUAUUAGAUGGUAUGGUACAGAAAGAGAUCAUAAUGUUUUGGUCAUGGACCUUUUGGGACCAUCCUUAGAAGAUUUAUUCAAUUUCUGCAAGCGUCGUUUUUCAUUAAAGACUGUUCUUAUGCUUGCUGACCAGAUGAUACGACUUAUUCAAUAUGUCCAUUCAAAGUCCUUUAUUCAUCGUGACAUUAAACCUGACAACUUCCUAAUGGGCAUUGGGAAACAUUGUAACAGACUUUUCUUGAUUGAUUUUGGCUUGGCCAAAAAGUACAGGAGCUCGAGAAGUAAUGUUCAUAUUAAAUAUCGGGAAAAAAAGAGUCUUACUGGUACUGCCCGUUAUGCUUCCGUAAAUGCUCAUCUUGGAAUAGAACAAAGUCGUCGUGACGAUAUGGAAUCACUCGGGUAUGUUUUGGUUUACUUCAACAGAGGAAGUUUACCAUGGCAAGGCCUUAAGGCUGCUACAAAAAAACAAAAGUAUGAAAAAAUAAGUGAAAAGAAGAUGACUACUACUGUUGAAACUUUAUGUAAGGGUUUUCCUGCCGAGUUUGUGAUGUACUUGAACUACUGCCGGUAUCUAAGAUUUGAAGAGACUCCAGACUAUUGGUAUCUUCGUCAACUUUUCAAUGUCUUGUUUAGGAAAUUGAAUUAUCAAUAUGAUUCUUCUUUUGAUUGGUCAAAUCUUGGCUUGAAAAGUGAAAGGGAUAAAGGUGGAGGAGAAUCUGGAUGUAUUGAACCUCCUGAAGGGAAACAUUUGUCAAAGGAAGGUUUUACCAUCAACUUUAAUGCUACUUACCUAUCCAGUUAA